AGUUGGUUCGUGUCAAGGGGCGGAUUCAGAGAGUAACACGCAGGUUCACAGGAACCUAGUAGCUUUUGCCUAGACCAUGAACCCAUAAACUUCAAAUCCUGGAUCUGCCUCUAGUUCAUGUGCGACAUUUGAGUUGUUGGAAGCAGAGAGGCUAAUUCCACAAUACCCUUUUGGGUUUGAGUUUGCACAUAGACUAAUUUAUUUGGGGUCACGAGCUCGUAGCAGAAGUUUCGAGAAUCUCUUGUAUAGUUGGUUAUGAAUUUGGUUAAACGUUCGAGAAGUAAAGGUCAAAGUAUAAGGAGAGGAUAUUGUACAACUAAGUUUAGACCAUGACUAGUGAGUCCUGUGGAAUUUCAGGCCAAAAUGCUGGCAAUGUUUUUCCGCAUGCUGAAAAUCAUGAUGACAGGCAUAGACAUAAUGUAUCCAUGCAGACAGGCGAAGAGUUUUCAGAAGAGUUUCUUAGAAAAAGUUUGACACCAAGAAAAGCAAACAUAGUAAGAGAUACAGAACAAAAUCAACCAGUUAGAGGCGUUUCGAAUCUAUCUCAAAAUUGUCAUGUUGUAUCUAAGGAGCUUCAUGACCUCCUGGGGAUAAAGAGAAGCGAUUCUGACUGCACUACACAAUUUUCUGAUUAUUCUCCUAGGAUAGCAUAUGCACCUGAAGGUGUUGAAAGGGAAUAUAAUGUGAGUGGACAACAACCAUCAAGAUUCUCGGCUGAGAGGAAUAGAGAUAUAGUAGCUCCCUUCUCAACUAGUCGAAACAUUCAUGUAUUGGAGUCCCCUCAUGCACAUCAGAUCCAUAACCCCGAGGCAGGAGUUUCUGAGAGUUGUGGCAAUGGAAAGAUGAGAUUACUCUGCAGCUAUGGGGGUAGAAUCUUACCAAGGCCGAAUGAUGGGAAGCUUAGAUAUGUGGGUGGGGAGACGAGAAUUAUAUCAAUUAGGAAGAACCUAACUUUCAGUGAGCUCAUCAAAAAGACAACAGCAAUUUGUAAUCAACCUCAUACAAUUAAGUAUCAGCUUCCUGAAGAAGAUCUUGAUGCACUUGUAUCUGUGUCAUCCGACGAGGAUCUUCAGCACAUGAUUGAGGAAUAUCACGACUUGGGAAAAAGUUCUCAAAGGCUACGGUUAUUUCUCGUGCCUUCUGCUGAUUCUUCUGAGGGCCCUUGUUCCUUUGAAGGAAUGCCAUUACAGCAAAGUGAAGCUGAUUAUCAGUAUGUUGUUGCAGUAAACGGAAUGCUUGAGCCAGGUCAUCGUAGAAGCACUAGCAGGGAGAUAUUUGCAAACCAAGCAAGUCAAUUUGGAAAUGCUUUGGACUUUAGUAGUCCUAUUGGCCAAAGAGAUUCCCCAACUUAUCUCCCGUUUGAGAACUGUAAUGGAGGUAAUUCAAUGAAUGUGAAGUUUCUGCUCCGAAAUCCCAGUUCUUCUUAUGUUCAGGUCCCCUCUACUUCAUAUGUUCAAUCGUCUCCUUUAUCCCCAGCGACAUUUCAGAUCAAAGAUCCUAACUGUUCCCAUGUCCUUUUAUAUGAUAAUGUUGAUGCCGGUAGUCCAUAUGCAGUAGAUGAACCACUAUAUGAAACUUCCUAUCAUGUUGAUACCACAGGCUACUAUUAUAAUUGUCCCAUUGAAACCACUCCAAGGACAAAUUACCCUAGUAAACAGUCUGUGUCUUCUACACAGUUUGGUCUAACAGAGUUGGAUUCUAAGAAGCUAAUGUCAAACAAAAGGGCAAUGACAUCUGGUUUCGGCAUGCAUCAAGAUGCCCCUGAAUCACGAUUGGGAGAGAGGCCCAAUUUAUCAAGAGAAGAAUCAAUAAGCUCAUCCCCUUCAGAUUUUCUACCAGAAAAAUCUCCAUCGCUUGCAAUGUCUAGUUCAUCACAAGAAUGGUCAACGAAAGAGCAUGAGGUGAGAGGUGAAAAUCGCCUAAUUGUCAAGAAGGAGAAUCAGACAAAUAUAGAAGCCAGAGAACGCAACCGAGAGUAUGCUGAAUGGGGUCAAAGCAGCAAUAUACUAGCUGUUAAUGCUGUGGAACACGAGUUGAAAUUGCCAAAAAUUCUAUGCUACUCGGAGUCGAAACUUAGUGUCUACACAUCAUCAUCAGAUCCCAAAAUCCAAGUGGAAAGACACACUUCUUCACCACCUUUCUCUCAAAAGAAUUCAAUAGUCAUUUCCAAACAGCACCACAUGGAUGACGAUAUAAUUCAAAUAACAUCACCUCAUACUCAACCCUGUGGAGGCACAAAAACUGCUAUACCAUCUAAUAUUUCUCAUGAAUAUUCAACAAAUAUUACUGAAGGGCGAUAUGUUGAGCUGCAGCCUUCCAUAAUAAAGGAUAAUAAUGACCUCCAAAUAAAUUCUGUGCCAUUUUCAUCUGAGGAGUCUAGUUUUUAUUUGGAUUGGAAAAAUCCAAAUUCAGCUACAGAUGUGGCUUACACUCGUGAGGUCUCUUCCCAUCAGACACUUGUGGAUGGUCCUCAUAAGUCUGUGGAAAGGGGAAAUGCCGAUAGAAUUGCUUUCCAUUUGCAGCCGUCAGAUGAUUCCUAUGACAGCAAAUUACGAGAAAUUGCUGUUAUUGUGGAAGAUGUAACUGAUAGUGUGCCUCCUGAUAUACCUUUAUCUUCAACAGUAGUCCCACAUGUGCAAGACGAACCUAGUGCUGGGCUUCCAUCUGCUGAAGAAGAAACCGACGUCGACAAUGUUCUUGAAGAAUCUGAUUAUGAGGAUGGAAAAAAUGAUUCUAAUGGAAAGGAAGAAUCUGUCUCUGAUUCUGCGAUCAUUGAAAAGGAGGCUGGGAUCUACGGCUUGCAGAUUAUAAGAAACAGUGAUCUUGAAGAGCUACAAGAAUUGGGAUCUGGAACAUAUGGAACAGUAUAUUAUGGAAAGUGGAGGGGCACAGAUGUUGCUAUCAAGAGAAUAAAACAAAGUUGUUUUGCUGGGAGUUCGUCUGAGCAAGAACGACUGAUCAAAGAAUUCUGGAGAGAGGCUAAGAUUCUCUCUAAACUGCACCAUCCAAAUAUAGUGGCACUCUAUGGGGUGGUUCCAGAUGGACCUGGUGGAACGGUGGCUACAGUUACUGAAUAUAUGGUUAAUGGGUCAUUAAGGCAUGUCCUGGCUAGGAAGGAUCGUUCUUGUAGAGCGCUUGAUCGGCGAAAAAAACUUAUGCUUGCAUUAGAUGCUGCUUUUGGCAUGGAGUACCUGCAUCUGAAAAAUAUUGUUCAUUUCGAUUUGAAAUGUGAAAAUUUGCUAGUCAACUUGGGAGAUCCACACCGCCCUGUGUGCAAGGUUGGUGAUUUUGGAUUAUCUCGGAUUAAGAGAAAUACCCUUGUUUCGGGUGGUGUUAGAGGAACACUUCCAUGGAUGGCGCCGGAGCUAUUGAAUGGAAACAGCAGUCGGGUUUCUGAAAAGGUUGAUGUGUUUUCGUUUGGCAUCACAAUGUGGGAGAUCUUGACAGGAGAGGAGCCUUAUGCAAACCUGCAUUGUGGUGCUAUUAUUGGUGGCAUUGUAAAUAACACACUGAGACCUCCCCUCCCACAACGUUGUGAUCCUGAGUGGGGAAAACUGAUGGAAGAGUGCUGGUCACCUGAUCCAGAAGCAAGACCAUCAUUCACGGAGAUAACAAACAGACUGCGCGCCAUGUCAAAAGCCCUCCAGCCAAAGACUCGAGUAAGGACAUAAAAAUUGUACAGCUCGUGCCUGUAAAGAAUAGUUUAAAAGGAAAAAGAAUAGUUUUUUACUUUCUGUUAAAACAUUCAGCUUCCUGUGUGUAAAUGAUGAAGAGCACAUCAUUUUGAACAUUGGAUGCAUAAUUGGUAUACGAGAUUACGUCUCCAAAUUACUUCACUUGUCCCUCUUUGUUAUUGUUAUUGUGUUUGACUUGACAUGAAAUUGUGCAAACUGCCCAAAGUUUU